AUAGACUUUGUUGUCUGAGAUAUUUUGGCUGAAACCGUUUCCUGAAAUGGUCAGCUGCGUCCCCCCCAUCAGAGAACCCCUCGUAGGGGAGAUGCUGUGGACUUCCAGGACGUACUCGAUGGUGGCGUUCACACCAUUGCUGCAGAAAACGAGCAAGAAGCACCCCAAAGCAAACUCACCGCUGGCGUUCUGCAUUUGAGCUCUGUGGGACUCGCGUGGACCACCUCGCACUCUGCGCCACCGACGCGCUCCCAGACGUGGGGUUAAAAGAGGAGACAAUGAGCAGAUAGGUGAAGUUAAGGACGCUUCCGCCUCCAAACCGAGGGCGACCCAAGGAGAGGAAGUUGAUCCACACGGGUUGCAGCAGCAAAAUGCGAGGAGCAGAACCGCCGGUCGGACCUUCAUCCUUUCCCGAUGCAACCUCACGAGCUGAGGGCGUACCCUGCCUCCUACCCGACGGCGGCUGGGAUCGGCUCCGACGCUCCCGGGACCUUCGUGAGGAUAAGCGGCUCAGAAAAUGGAUGGCUGGAUGAUCGGACUCUUCAACUUUUCACAAGCCGUGGAGGAGGUGACCCUGAAGGAUUGUCAGUACACGCUGGAGCACGUGCGCGCCUUCGCCAUGUACAACUACCUCCACGUGGACGCCUGGUACGACGACAGCGUGCUGUUCGUGGACUGCAAAGGGCGAGUGCUCAGCUUCACCGUCACCCUGGACACGGCGCUGAGCAAGCCGAGGGAGGUGUUCCGCCUGCCGGCCGAAGCCGAGCGGCGCGAGGACCGCGUGUGCCCCUCCCUCAGCCUGACGUCGCCCACCUGGGCCGCCCUCUCGGACGGCGCCGGGCGACUCUACCUGCUGCGCACCAGCAAGCGGGGGGACGCCGUCCACGGAAAGUGGGAGCCGUUGUUCACGGAGGACUCGGGGGGGCCCUUCGUCGUCCUCCACAGCGUGGCCCACGUCCGGGGGGGCGCCCACACGCUGGAGGUCCUGCUGCUCCGCGUCGUCAAGGACCCUCAGGAAACGGCGGGAAGCGGAUACUCGGUGACACUCGAGUGGAUCACGGUGGCCAACGCGGCGGGGCAAGGCUUGGAAAAGAACUACGAAGUGAAGACGAGGCGGCUGCUCCGGGGGAAGUCCGUCCCCCACUACGCCGCCGUGACGCCGCAGGGCGACGGCCUGAUGGUGGCGUCGGAGAAGCCCUUCGCCUUCACGCACGUGGACGGCCGGCCCCUCGAGCAGCCGGCGGCGGGCGAGCCGCCCGCGGAGGCGGACGAGCCGGAUCCCGUCUACUCGUGGCAGCAGACGUCGGACGACAUCACGGCCGACGUGCGGCUGCCCGAGGGCGCGGCCGAGGACGCGAUCCGCUUCCGGGUGACGGCGGACACGAUCAGCGUGGGCGUGCGGGGCUCGGCGUCCCUGCUGGAGGGCCGGCUGUACGCCUCCGUAGACCCCGAGGCCUGCACCUGGAACCUCAGGGAGGACAACCGCCUGGAGUUGAACCUGCAGAAGCGCACCGAAGGGCCGGUGUGGCCGGAGCUGGUGACGGGCGACCGUCGGGGGCGGCACGUGAUGAGCGAGGAGCAGGCCGCCGUCGUCCGCGACAGGCUGACGCAGCUGAGCUCCGAAGACGCGCACGCUCAGCCCGACCCGGACAAGCCGGCCUGCGACGCUCAGGAGCUGGAGGACUGCGACGGCUACCCCGAGGAGACGUCCAGCCUCGUGCACUUUGACGGCGAGUCGCUCAAGACCACUCAGGUGGUGAACCUGGCGGCCCAUCAGUACCUGUUCAGCGUGAGCGCCGACCCGGCCCAGAUGCCGUGCCUGUGCCUGCGCCACGACGUGGACGCCCUGCUGUGGCAGCCGCGACCCGACCGGCCCGCCGACAUGUGGGAGCACGUCGCCACCUUCAACGCCCUGGGCUACGUGCAGGCGUCCAAGCGGGACAAGAAGUUCUCCACGUGCGCGCCCAACUUUUCGUACGCGUCGCUGUGCGAGUGCCUGCGCCGGGCGUUCAUCUACCGCCAGCCGUCCGCGGGGGACGGCGCGCUUUUCAACAGGAAGCGGGGACGGCCGGCGGGGCGGGUCGCCAGGCAACAGGUGGCCGGCCUGGACUCGGACAAAGCGGUGCUCGGCUUCGGGGCCAGCGACGAGAGGCUCUUCGCGCUCACAUCCCGCAACCUCUUUGUGCUCAAGGUUAAUAAUGAUAAUAAUAAUCAUGGUUAAGAGGCGAGGACGGAGAACGUUCCGGAACACAAACGCGCUUCUCCUCGGGCUGAACGUGUCAAACGGUCCGUCUCGUGACGUCACAUGUGUCGUGUUUGUAAAUCGAGGUCCAAACUAAACCACCUUAUCAUGGAUGCAUUCUUUGUUAUGGCGAAUAAAAUCUGUCUUU